AAAAAAUUAACGGUCGGGAGUUCAGGGUACUUUUCCAUGCCUGAGGGGUUUUAAUAUUUUCAAGCAAAACUCGGGGGUGUAAAGGAUUUCUUCAAUUUGCUUUGCUUUCUAUAUUAACUGUUUAUAUUUGCGCCACAGCCACAAUUUUACUAAUUCUAUUUUAGGUACAACUUUAGAAAUUAUAAUCUUCCUGUCAUAAGUCUCAAUAUUCGCAUCUACACCCCCAAUCUAAAUUCCCGUUUCUUUUUUUUUUCACUCCUUAAACCUUGUUUCCCUACAAACUUUCAAACGCAACGGCUUACUCUACCUAAGCUCUCAAUUCAGCGUUUGAUUCCUGAGAAAACGAAAAGUAAAAGGAAAGGAAAAGAGCCCCAGAUGCUAAAGAGGUACUCUGAGUCUUGUGCAUGAACGUCAAAACAAGAGAUAUCUUAGUCUCAACUACAAGCCUUUUGAAGAUGAGGGGAACAUGAGGACGUAAAUUUCGUUGGAAUUGUGUAUAACUGUGAAGAUCAUGUUCGAAGAGAAGCUUCACGUUGUCGACUAUUCAAGUCAUGGAUGGGGAAGUUAACCAUGCAUUACAUUUUUGUAUAAAUGCAUGGGGAAGCCAUUAUUAAUGACACUCGCCAUGUAAGUAACUAUUGUGCAAACGAGCUCCAUAAAAUGGUAGCGGAGGAAUGGGAGAAAGGAACUGAUGAAGAUGGUUGGCGUAAGAGAUGGGAAGUUGCAUUGUGCAACGCUUAUGGAAGGGCAGAUGAGGCUUGCAAAGACAAGUCAUUAGCACCAUACUCAGUCGGUUCAACAGCUUCGAUAGUGAUUCUGUCACCCUGCCACAUCAUUGCUGCCAAUGUUGGUGACUCCAGGGUUGUUCUUUGCCGUGGGAAGAGAGCAAUCCCCUUGACAGUUGAUCACAAGCUUGAAAGAGAAGAUGAACUAGCAAGGAUUAGGGAUAAAGGGGGCAGAAUUGUGCAGUGGGGCUGCUUAAGGGUUGAGGGGGUGCUUUCUAUGUCGAGAGCAAUAGGUGAUCAUGGUUUGAAACCAUGGAUUAUUUCAGUGCCAGAAGUUACUUUCACGCCUAGAACUGAAGAUGACGAGUUUUUGAUUUUGGCAAGUGAUGGACUUUGGGACGUCUUGUCUAAUGAUGUUGCUGUAAGGUUGGCUCGUGAAGAAUUUAGGUACCAACGCAGGCAGCCAAAAAAAGAUGAUACUUCAUCCCACCCUCCAGCCCUUAAUGUUGCCAAAGAACUGCUGAAGCGAGCUUUUACUGCAUACACUUGCGACAAUGUCUCUGUUGUUGUUGUUGACCUGAAACUGCCUAGGAGAAGGCCUCAUCAAAAGCUUUGAAAAAGGGAUGGAAAAGAAACCUGGGUUCCACCUUUUUCAGAGGGAAGGAAAAGAAGGAAUCGUUUCUUGUUGGCCAAGUCAUGUUUCAAUGAGAUGGUAAAAGUAGGAUGUUAUAAUAAGUUGUGUAUAACAAACUCUAGACAAACAAAAGUUGUACAUGAGCUAUUUCCAAUAAUAACCUACAUAUU